UUUUGCUCGUUUUGGGAAAUAAAUACAUAAUUGUACUUGAACAUUUCGGAAAGAUUUCGUGGCUAGUCAGUUGCUGUCGUUUUCAGAAUCAGCUACCAAUGACUUUAUUGUAUGUAUUUUUUUUUUUAUAAAACAUGUUACAUUAUGUUAAUAUAAACGUAAUCUUUCACGGAAGGGGGGGGGUACGAUUUUGCCUUGAGCCGAUGAAAUGAGGAUGGCGGGCCUGUGGCGGUCCUACCAGGCCCUGAUGGCAAGACGCCCGUGGACGGUGCAAAUCGUGACCGCCGGUUCCCUGGUGGGCGUGGGCGACGUCAUCUCGCAGCAGCUGAUCGAACGACGAGGACUCGCCCAGCACGACGUCCGGCGCACCGCCAAGAUGAUGAGCGUUGGAUUUUUCUUUGUGGGUCCGGUCCUCGGCAGCUGGUACAAAAUUCUGGACCGGCUGGUGACGGGAGGCAGCAAGCGGGCGGCCGUGAAGAAGAUGAUGAUCGAUCAGUUGUGCUUCGCGCCGUGCUUCUUGGGGGCCUUCCUGGCGUUGUCGGGCGUUCUGAACGGGCUGAGCGUGCGCCAGAACGUCGCCAAGCUGCGCCGGGACUACACGGACGCGCUAAUCUCCAACUACUACCUGUGGCCACCGGUGCAGAUGGUCAACUUCUACUUCAUUCCACUGCACCACAGGUUGGCCGUGGUGCAGGUGGUGGCCGUGGCCUGGAACUCGUACUUGACCUGGAAGGCCAACAUCCUGUGAUCCGCCACCGCCAUCUCGUUUCCUUUGUGUUCGUCCGUCGUCGUCGGAAUCCCGCCGCGGCCCCCUCGACAGUCGACGUGACCGAACUGACUCACCGGAUGACGCAUUUAACGCAAUUCAUUUUGGACAUCACGCUCGCAUAUAUCCACUUCCUGGUCCGCGUGUCACAAGGCGCCGGUACGACUUUUACUUCUUACUGUGAGAACUUUUUAAAGUUUCAUAUGAAGUACAAAAAAAAAAAAAAAUCUUGAGAAAUUGUUGCCAUUGUGAAUAUGUAGGAAGCGCUAAUUGUGAAUAAAUGUCUUAAGUUUUGCAGCAAUACAUGGAAAGAAAAAAAAUCCCCAUGAAAUCUUUUCAAUACAAAAAGUAAGUUGUGCGUGUGCUGUUGCAUGUGUGCGUGUGAGUGUGAAAGUUAGCGUCGGUGCCAACGACGUCACGGAGUGUGUGUGCGU